AUGAUAGAUGUAAUCGAAGAAAGAAUCAUGCAUCGAUUUUCUGAACCGUGGGAAGACAGCGACCUAAUUCUUGUGGUGGAGGAUGAAAAGUUUCAUGUUCAUCGCCUGAUACUGAGCAUGAACUCACCAGUUUUCAAGGCGAUGUUUAAAGAGCAGUACAAAGAGGCCACCGCCAGCGAGAUUCCACUGCCUGAGAAGAAAGCAAAUGAAGUAUUAGACCUCUUGAAGCAUGUUUACUCCAAGAAUUUUUUUAAAGCGCCCGUGGAAAUCACUAGUAAGGCGUCGCAUUUUCUUUGUGUUAUACUAAAGAACAAUAAGUGACGUAGUAUGUAGAGUGUUCAGGGCGUGAUUGUUUAGCUCCACUAUUUUUAGGGUCUUUACCAUGAAAUGACAACAUUUCAAUGCACAUCAUCGUCACACAGAUAUAUACUUUAUCCAGUGCUAUAAAUUAAGAAGCUCAUUUCACAUCUUCAGCUUUUGUGAACAGAACCUCUAUCCGGUAUAUGUGUGUGAAAAUAGCCUAAAUCCCCAAGGAGUCAAUGAACUGUUCAUUUAACAAUUUCUUUCCUUAUCUUUCAUUUUACCCGUAAAAUGUUCCCACCUAUAGUAUCGCUCAGGAGUUCGAUUAAUGAACCCUACACACAACCUACAAUCCCGUGCAAGCCUUGGUUGUCCCUGACGAAGGGUUAGAGCUCAACAAGUGAGCUAUUCAAUCUUUCCACGGGGGUUAAUUCUCAAAAUUCAUUUUGAUCAACUCAGUUAACAACAUCAUAUUUUCGCCUUGAAGAAGCCUAAGAAAACAACCGACAUUUCACGACGCCACCACUGGUUUCCCCACGAAACCCGCCAGCCCCAUUCAAGUGUUUCUAUAAAACUGUUAUAAAUAAUAAAAUGUGAGGUUAUUAAAUUAAAUUAUUUUAAUAUUGAAUCAAUUAUAGUUUCAAUCUCGCACACCUGAUUUCAAAGCAAUCUAUGAUCCAAGAACUGGGUUUUGAUCCGAUUAGUGCCCGCCCAUUUCCUCGUCGUGAUCGGUAUCUUGUGAUAAAGUUAGAACAAUGUUAUAAAGGAGCCGUUGUAAAUGACCAUGAAACAACAUGCAUGGCGGGCAACAAAAAUCUCUUCAACUAAAGAGCGCGCUAUUAAAACUUCUGAAUACAACGGAACUCAAGAGGUAAUUAAAAGCUCACUUUUUUUAAGAAACGCUUGCGCAGAUCUCCCUGUAAUAGUUGUAGUACAAUACAAAAGGUCUAACAUAACGUUUAUGCUCAUUUGUAGUCGGAAACGUGGAACAUCUUCUCAAGCUAAGCGAUGAAUACCAAGUGACACACGUCUUCGACGCUUGCAUCAGGUUUGUUAAAAGUGAACCAAUAAAAAAGGAAAAUGUGAUGAAACUACGUAGAAUCUCAGACUUGCAUAAUCUGGAAACGGUAGCGAAAGACUGCAACGAUUUUAUUACGAACAUGAAAAUAAAGAACCUGUAUGAAGCUGUUAACCCUGAAGACCUUGACCAAGGAACCCUGCGACAAUUCCUGGAGCAAAGGAUUAACCGGCUGGAAACUUUUUUUGAUGAGGUGUAUCCUGAAUUUAUGGGAAUGGUUGAGUGCUUGUUUUGGCUAAUGCAUAAGUCCGGGCUGGAUGUGAGAUGGUGCUCAAAACAUGUUACUGACGGAAAAUUAGUAAAUCAGCUUAAAAUCGAUAGUGAAGAGAUAAGGGAGUGUGCACACUGCCAAAAUAUGCUAUAUUCAGUGUGGAGAGCAACUAGCUCAGGCAGGGGGAGGGGGCAAAUGUAUUGGAACUACCAUUAUGGACAUUCCUGGCGGGGGUAUCAUUUCGAAAAUUUGGAAACAACUAUCAAUGACUUCUGCAAAUUGAAAAAUGGUUAA